AUGUCGGAGUAUAGCGCAAACUACCGUCCUCAUUGCUUUGACCUGCGCAAGGCGUUCGUGCCGGAGGCAGGGCUCCUGUGCCCUGAUGAGCCUUUGUCAGACCAGACUACCCACCGCAUAGAUUAUAAGCCACAACCGUUGUCCCCGCUGUGGCGCCACGAGAAAGAGGGCUAUAAGCCCCCCUUAGCACCUUUGGACAACACAACCAACUACCGCCUUGACUAUACCCCCAAACAAGCCUGUCCAGUAGAGCUCUGUCCUCCUCCCUCCGUGUGUUCAUGCCCCGGGAAAUUCGACGGCAGUCCAACAUAUCGGAGUGACUACAGACCAUGGGAUUUGCCACCCCUGGAGCACCGAAAGGAUAAGUCCUAUAAGCCGCCGGACACACCGUUCGAGGGUUUGCCGACUUAUCGCACUGACUAUGUCCCCAAAUGUGAAGCUAGGCGGGCAAACUUCAAGCCCAAAUCAGAGCUUGUCGUUCCGAAUUCGCCUCUCGAUACUGUGACUAACUACCGUUUAGACUACGUACCGCAUCCACUGCAACUUCGUCCACCAAAGGAAAGGGAACUCCCCAUUAAAUCUAAGGUGCCUUUCAAUGGUCUUACCACGGUCCAGUCUGAUUACACGCCGAAGAAAUCUUGCCUUCAACAAUCGUUCAAGCCACUGGAUAAUCUUCCUGAUACCAAGGAUCCGAUGAGUCAUAGCACAACUCAUCGCGUAGACUACACCCCUCAUCCACUCUGUCUACCCUAUAAACACCCUCGUAAAGAAUACAAGAAACCCGAGGGGUCCAUGGAAAAGGGAACAACUUAUCGGACCGACUAUCCUGUUCUGCCAUUGUGCAAAUCAGAACCAAUUAUGAUGCUCGAAUGUCUGAAGUGUCCGCAGCCCUUCGACGGAACCACAGUCUAUGGUACUGAAUUUAAGCACUGGAAUGUGCAAAAACAAGUUAUCAAACCAGUUCACCUUUACUGCCCACCCGCUGUGCCUAUGGAAACGCUUUCCACAACUCAGGUGGACUUCGGGCCGAAGCUUGCAUGCAAGGUGGAACUGCUCAAGCCUGCAACAGAACCCCUGCGCAGUGGUCCAUUCGAUGGCCAAACUAACUACAGAAUUGAAUAUACUCCCAAAUCGGUCGAAUGUCACUGUCCUGCAGCUUACCUAAGCAAGAACAAAGUGAGCCCCGAUGGGUACUCCUUUGAGGCUACCGACCCCUGCGGUCAUGAGCACUACAAACUACUGAAAAACCAAAUAAAGGCCUAA